UAUCUGCCAUUACCUCCAAAUGGACCAGAGGCUUCUGUCCUGUCCACUGACAUUUAUUUUGGCAGCACAGGGGUUAACCGUGUCCCCUCCCUUCUGGCUGGCCAGACGGUGACGAGCUCAGGUGAUAGUUCAUCGUGCAAACCCACAGCGCAGCCCCCGAGUGUCUCGAAGCCUCCCAUCCCGAAGCGUCUACAGCGAUGUGCACGCCACAGCGAACCCCGUGUCCAUUUCCACUUCAGUAAGAGGGAACAGCCUGCAGGAGGAGAGAGGGGGAGGCGUGUGGGCUCUGUUGCCCUUAUCCUCGUGUAAAGACUGGUGAAUACGAUCAGAGAAUAACGCUGCAAGGAGAAAUAAACCUGACUGGACAAAACCUGAGACGGCAGCAAAGGGGUUAAGGGCCGAGCACUUGCAAGUCUUCGAGUCGUGAGUAGGACAUUUUACCCUGAUUUAGUUUUUUUGUGCACCCUUUUUCUAGUCACACAAGGCUUUUAGCAUCAUGGCCUGGCCGUGCAUUACGCGUGCUUGCUGCAUCAACCGCUUUUGGACCGAGCUGGACAAAGCGGACAUCGCGGUGCCUUUGGUUUUCACCAAAUACUCGGAUGUGGCCGAGGUGCAGCAUCUGCCCUAUCACCCGCAGCCGAAACAGAAGAAGGCCGGUGCUAUUGCCAUAGAAACCCAGCCCUGCCCCGGUGAGCAGGAGGCUGGGAAGGCACCGCCCGCGACGGGUGCCGCAGCGGUCAAAGAUGGCUCUUCUGCGUCCGUCAUGCGCCAAGACUUCAAGGCGUGGAGAGUGCGCCCCGAGCCCAGCUGCAAACCCAGAAAUCAGUACCAACCCUCGCCGGGCCCGUUCAAUAACGAAACGCAAUAUCAAAAAGAUUACAAGCCGUGGCCUAUACCGAAGAAGCACGACCACCCGUGGAUCCCCAAACCCAGCCCCACCGCCGCCCCUUCCAUCACCAUCUGUAGUGGACCGGAGCGGAGCGCAGGGGGCGGCAAGCAGCUGUAUGCGGCCGGGGAGGUCGAGAGCGGCGUGGAGAAGAGCGAGAUUGAGGAGAAAACGCAAGAGAAAGAGUCAAAAGAGCUGGUGAAAAGAAACGUUAGGAGGGAAAAGUCAGCCGAGAGAAAACCAGCUGAGAAGGCGGAGGGAGAGCCUGCAGAUGUGAGCGCUGAGCAGAGGAAAGGCAGAGCGGCUGCAGACGCGCUCAACAGGCAGAUAAAGGAGGUUAUGUCCACUUCUAGCAGCUACAGGACUGAGUUCAAGGCAUACAAGGAUGUGAAACCAGUGAAGCCCAUUAAGGCUCCAUCUCAGUAUAAACCCCCCGUGGAGGAGACCAGUCUGGAAACCAGCUACAGUGCCACAUUCAAGGGGGAGCAGGUGAAGGCUCACCCCACCGACAACAAGCUGCUGGAGCGCAGGAGGAUACGCAGCCUGUACAGUGAGCCCAGCAAGGAGGCUGCCAAGGACUUCUCAGGGACUGAGAGCAGCUCUAUUCUAAGUCUGCUGUAGUCAGGUGUGUUCUCUGUUUCUUUCAGAAGGCAUGGAGGCUGAUCUCCAACUGAUGAGAUGCAAACAUGCAUACUGCACACACACACACAAACAUACACACUCUCAGUAUGCACUUUGGUCAGUGUCAGCCUCAGUCACAUUUAUCACCCAACUACCAGACUCAGUCUUUUGAGAAUUAUAAGUAAUGUUGUCACCAUUUGCCCACCUCUCAUCCCGCAUGGCCCACUACCUUCUGGGGAGCUUAGCAGAGUCAGCAGUUCAGGAUACGUGCGAGGGUGGAUGGAUAAAUGAAUGGAGGGCACCAAGAAGGCAAUAUGCUAUUAACAUUAAAGAAUCAAAGCAAAGUAGAAGGAUUUGUUGCACCAGUGGAGGCCAACAAGACAAAAACAUCUUCACAUUUGUUUAGUAUACAUCUAAACAGAAGGUCCGAAUUUGGUGACAGUCUAAAUGACAAGUUGUCCCAUGUCUGCACAAAAUUGGCUCAUCAUAAAUCUGACCCCAAAUCAAGCCUUGGUAACACUUGUUCCAGAGGAUCUUACCCCUUUGACUUUUAAUGUCUGAUUUUUGUAGGUGCUGUUUUUAGGUGAUGCAUCUGUUAAAUUGAACCUAGACGCGUCUUUAUCAUAUAACCAUGAAGACAGCUGAGCACCAUGGGGCAGAGCGCACUGCUAUAAAGGCUUUUGUGGUCAUGAAUAUCAUAAUUACCACAUCCAGUGUUAAUCUAGUCCCCCUAAUUGCACCUUGAUGGUUUGUGGCAACAGAAUUUACAAUGCCAUGCCCUACACACCAUGUACUUUGCACCACCACUCGUUUAUUCACUGAAAUACUUUUUUACUAGCAGAAAUGAGCUUUUAGAGGACAAAUAUUGGUCAUCUCCUACACUACAAAAGUUUCUCUGGUUAAUUUAUUCAGCAAAUAAUAUUCAGCAUGUUUGCAACUUUUUUGCUGUACACCAACUAACAAGCUGAGCUUGUGGGAGCUUCUACAGAAGUCGGCUGUGGAAACCCCACAAGAGCAGAAAGAAUGUUGCUCAAGUUAAGGACACAUUCAUCCACAGUUAUCCAGUCAUUGUGGGAGCCUGUGACACUCCAGUUGCAAGUGUUCUUGUCAUGCUUCUUGGUUUUACCAACACUAAUAAUGGCUAAAUGUUAUGAAAUUAUUUCAUUUUUUAAAAGUGUGAGACUAACAUAAACCAUGUAUUUUUUAUGUUAUACUUUCUCUAAAGGUAGAUUUUACUGGAAAACUGCAUGAAUCAUUCUUCUAUUAAAGGGAAGGCACAAAUACACAUUUUGUGCAGUUUUUUCUUUUGUCUUCAUUGCACCAAACACAUAUUGCAAAUAGUAUCUAUAUCUUAUAGUGUCAUUUGCCUGUGAUUAUUUUAGGUAACAGGAUAGAAACGGGUAUGUAUCGCAUGCUGAAACAGGACUCGACUGGACUUCAGACUCCAUGACUUUAAAGGAAUAGUUUGAUAUUUUGGGAAAUGCACUUAUUUGAAUACCACGUUAAUAUGUGUUGUUAAAUAUGCAGCUACAGCCAGCAGCUGUUUAUCUUAGCUACAAGACCGGAAAGGAAAACACUAAGGCACUCAAGGAUAUAAUCUUGUUUCUUCAUCUUUGGACAAAGCCAAGAUAACCUCAUCCAUUUCCAGGAUUUAAGCUAAGCUAAGCUAAUUGUCUGCUUAGCUUAAGAUUCAUAUUAAAUGUACAGACACAAGAAUAGUAUCCAUCUUCUCAUCUUAUUCUUAGCACUAAGACAUAAGCCAAGAUGUGUAUUUUCCCAGAAUGUCAACAUUUUACUUUUCUUUGCUUAAUAUUUGCCCCUCUCCUGU